GCAAGCACGAGACCAUCCACCCCCACCAUCUUGCCUCCAGUGAUUCCUACUCCCCCGCCUGCCCUUCGCCUUCUCCCUCAUGCUCUUCUGCCGCGUCCCUUCUCGCUUGCAGUCUGCGGCCUUCAUCCCAUCCCUGCGCUUUUUCCCACGCGCCGAACCCGCUGCUUCACGAAGGCUCUUUUCGUAUUCUUUCAUCCGCCACGCCGCCGACAUGGGAACAAUCGAAACAUCGAGUCGCCUUGCGAGGCUGAGAGAGCUGAUGAAACAACAUAAACUGGACGUCUACAUUGUACCCUCUGAAGACAGCCACCAGUCUGAAUAUAUCGCCCAUUGCGAUGCGCGCAGAGCCUUUAUCUCGGGUUUCACAGGCUCUGCAGGAACCGCUGUUAUCUCGACUGCCGCCGCCGCCCUUUCCACCGACGGUCGCUAUUUCAACCAAGCUGCCAAGCAGCUGGAUAACAACUGGACCCUCCUGAAGAGUGGCCUUGAGGGCGUCCCAACAUGGCAAGAAUGGACUGCGGAGCAAGCAGACGGUGGAAAAGUGGUGGGCGUUGACCCGACAGUCAUCACUGCUGCAAGUGCACGGAAGCUUUCUGACUCGCUGGCGAAAAAUGGUGCGAAGCUGGUGGGCAUUGAGCAGAACUUGGUAGACCAGGUCUGGGGAGAGGAACGUCCUCCACGACCAAGCGAGAAGGUCAAGGUGCAUCCCGAAAAAUACGCUGGCAAGUCCGCCCAAGAAAAGAUCGCAGAUAUCAGAAAGGAGUUACAGUCAAAGAAGCACGCCGCAUUCGUUAUCUCUGUUCUUGAUGAGAUUGCGUGGCUCUUUAAUCUACGAGGAAACGACAUCCCAUACAACCCUGUAUUCUUCUCAUAUGCGGUUAUCACACCCGAUACAGCAGAGCUCUACGUCGACGCUGAGAAACUAACACCGGAGGUGAAAGCGCACCUUGGUUCAGAUGUAACCAUCAAGCCUUACGACUCCAUAUUUGCCGACGCCAAGGCGCUCGCUUCUAAAGCCUCGACAAGCGAUAGCGGUGUCUCGACCAAAUACCUCCUCUCUAACAAGGCUUCGUGGGCACUGAGCCUCAGCUUAGGUGGCGAGAGCAAGGCGGAAGAGACCCGCAGUCCUGUCUCCGACGCCAAGGCCAUCAAAAACGAGGUUGAGUUGAAGGGCAUGAGAGAUUGUCAUGUUCGUGAUGGAGCAGCAUUGACUGAGUACUUCGCAUGGCUGGAAAACGAAUUGAUCAACAAGAAGUCUACCCUAGACGAAGUAGAUGGUGCAGAUAAAUUAGAGCAAAUUCGCUCAAAACAUGAGAAAUUUGUCGGGCUUUCCUUCGAUACGAUCUCCUCUACUGGACCAAAUGCGGCUGUUAUCCACUAUAAGCCGGAGAAAGGAUACUGCUCAAUCAUCAACCCCGACGCUAUCUACCUUUGCGACUCCGGUGCGCAGUUUCUUGAUGGUACAACAGACACCACCCGCACUUUCCACUUUGGCACACCCACCGAAAUGGAAAAGAAAGCAUUUACGCUCGUCCUUAAGGGCGUCAUCGCCUUGGACACUGCUAUUUUCCCCAAGGGCACAAGUGGAUUUGCCCUUGACGCAUUCGCACGCCAGCACCUGUGGCGUCACGGCCUUGACUAUCUCCAUGGCACCGGUCACGGUGUGGGUGCAUAUCUAAAUGUUCACGAGGGACCUAUUGGAAUAGGUACCCGCCCUCAAUACUCUGAAGUCUCAUUGUCUGCAGGCAAUGUGCUCUCUGAUGAACCUGGAUACUAUGAAGAUGGCAAGUUUGGCAUCCGUAUUGAAAAUAUCAUCAUGGCUCGUGAAGUUGAGACGCCACAUAAAUUUGGUGACAAGCCUUGGUUGGGCUUUGAACAUGUUACCAUGACUCCAUUUGGACAAAACCUCAUUGACCCAUCUCUCUUAACUGAAUCAGAAAUCAAAUGGGUCAACGACUACCAUGGUGAAGUAUGGGAGAAGACCAAUGGGUUCUUCAAAGAAGAUGAGUUGACGUUGAAAUGGCUGAAGAGAGAAACCCAGCCUUUGAAAUAGUUGUCGGUCUGUAAGAUAUGAGGAUACCAGCGCACAUAAAACUCGAAGAUGGUUAAGAAUUAGCAUAAACCCAUUACUAGAAAUACCUCGUAUAUAGAUUCUGCCUGCCAAAAAGGACGAGACUAUGGAGUUGCCAAGGAGUUAGUUUUAACCUACAUAUAUUAGGUUAUACAAUACAUCCCCAGGAUACUCGAUGACAACGUAAAUUCCAUCGUAGUUGAGUGUACAACUGUAGAAUGACCAAUAGCAGGCUCGCGGAGCCCCAAGCUCGUGUGGAGCCGUCCCGCGAUUACCGUCGCUGAUGAAACGUCUCGCACG